AUGCAGCUGAGGGAAUGUGCUUUUUAUAUCCUUCUAUCCUUUUUGUACUACUACUACCACCACUACUAUUUCACAGUGGACAUAUUCCUCACCGUCCGCCCGCCCAUCAAUCAGAUCAGAUCAGUCCAAUCUACGAGUUUGGAAUCGAUAUCAACAGAUCUCUCUCUCUCUCUCCCUCUCUCAUCAGUAGCAGCAGCAGUAGCAACCGCGUCCCACGUCAGCCGCACACGCAGCUCGCUAUGUGCACGACAGGACCAAUCGCGCCAUCUUUUUCUCUUUCUCGGCGGAAAGAAAACAAGUAAAAUGCAGCUAAGUAAACGAAGGGGAAAAAAAAUAAGACGACCCGAGACGAGACAAGAUGAGAUGAGAUGA